CCUUGUACAGCUCUUAAACGAUGGGAGGGGCCAACGUACGGCGAGGUAGGCCGAGCUGUCCGUCUCCAUUCACUCUUUCUCGUCUGCCUGUUUCUCACUUCACUUCUCAUCGCUCUUCUACCCCUCCUCGCCGUCUCGAUGUAACUCGAUAACAAUAUACAGCCCUGUGUACUUCCGACGCACCUGCUACCACCCGCCGACACCAUGUCGGCCAACCCCAGCGGCUUCGCCGCCUACUGCGACCAACAAAUGGCGCGCUGGAAUGUCUCCUCCGUUGACGCUCCCGAUACAUUCUCCCGCGAGAUUGACAGCUCUCUCCUUUCCCACGUCACACAUACAAAUUGGUGGGAGACCGAAGGACAAGACCUUCCUCACAGGCCUCAACCGCAGCGGCGCCGGUGGUCAAGCUCUGAUUCGGACGCGAGUGACGAUCUUUACAUGAGGCCCACCCCUACAGGCUUGAGAAAUCGACAUCAAUCCAGCAAUCGCGCAAACGAAAUGCUCGGAUGGCAUCAGCGCGAUCAGUCCUGGCCGUUGCAAUGCCCCAGCAAUGCCGUCGCUCCACUUCGCUAUCCCUUCCCUUCUGAUGGAUGGAGUCCGCGUCCUGCGAGCACAAGAGACGCAAUUCAGUCUCCGCAGAUCACUGACAGCCUCCAGCCGCCCCCGUUGCAUGAACUGUGGUUUCUCGACCGUUCACCAAAGGGCACUGCCACUCUCACCUUCCUGGACGAGCAUGGCAAUCCCCAGUCAAUCUCACACGUCGACCUCAAGGCCAUCGAACAGUCCUGUCCACUCCUUGCGGUUGCCUUUGAGCAAUCCAGAUCUGGCCCGCAGCUGUUUCUCCAAACACUCACCACAAAAACCGCCAUCCCCUUCCUCGAAUUCCUCCACACCGACUCAUAUCGAGUAGCUGGGCCAAAUGGGAGCUAUGCUGGCGACGUGCCUACCUCAGUCCUGCUGCAUUGCCAGAUGUAUCACCUCGGAGAUAUGUACGCCGUCGAGCAGCUCAAGACUCAAGCAUACGCCAACGUCUUCCGACAAUGCGAGUUUGCCUGUUCGUCUCCCAAUCAGCCCAUCGACCUGUGUGCCGCCAUUCGCUUUCUCUACGGGUCUCUACCGACCCACGAGGGACUGAUCAAUACCGUCAUCGACUACUGCGUGUCACGAUUCCUGGAGCACAAUCUCGGACAAGACGACGAGUUCAAACAGCUGGCGUAUGACCUGCGACCAUUCCAUCAAGCACUGUGCAGGAACAGCAGGGAGCGCAAUUUCGAUCACGAAGGUAAAUCCCCCAGGUCUCUCGUAACGUUGACGAGAAGUAAGACUGACCUAACAAACAGCCGCCACUGCCAUCAUCCAACUCCCCUUCAAACCCUACGCACCAGAUACCUACGCUUCGCGAGACGACCCCGGCGCCACGCGCUUCGACCGCGAUGUCUUCCGCUUCCAUACCUAUGACAAGUUUGACGCCAUGGGCGAGAAGAGCCAGAUGAAGAGGAGGAGGCCUGAGAC